UAUCGUCCUUGACCUUUAAAGGUAAACAUCCACCCCUCCCGCUGUCUCGUGUUUAUGAAUUAUUUCUGUGAUGGAUGCAGAUGGACUUCCCAUAGUUGGCCCUGGUGUAGAUUACACUAAGGUAGAUGCUAUACAACAAAAGAGAAGCAUAGCUUUUAUCAAUCAUUUUAUUACUCAUACAGCUAGAUUUUUAAACAGAUUUUCAUGUGUUUGUGAGGAAAAACUUGAAAAUUUAUCCACCAAAAUUCAGCGUUUAGAAAUAUCUCUUAGUAUUUUAGAAGCUAAAUUGUCAUCUAUACCAGGAUUAGAGAAUGUAACAGUAGAAAGUAGUAGUUCCAGUACAUCAGUUGCCACCAAUGGUCCAGGAUCUUCAGAAGCUUCAGCAACUUCUCAAAAUACUCAGGCUGUGAAUAAUGAACCGUCAGAUACAGCCACUCCUGCCGCAGCUCAGGCUCCGCCACCUGAAGAAGUUAAACCACAGCAAACUGUGUCUCAAGAUCCUAGAUAUGCCAGAUUCUUCAAAAUGUUACAAGUUGGAGUACCUGCUCAAGCUGUGAAAUUGAAAAUGUCAGCAGAAGGCUUAAAUCCUGAUUUAUUAGAUACACCGGAUGCAGCAAUAACAGAUGGUGGUGGAGGGGGUGGUGCUACCAACAACAAAGAUGACAGCGAUGAUGAUUUUAGUGAUGACAAUAACUCAGAUUCUGAUAGUGUUAGCAGCUUCAGUGAUUAAAAUUUCAUAUUUUUCUUGGCUUUUUUUUAACAAUUCUACAAGAUUAUUUGCGACAUUAAUUCCUUUCACAGGAAGGACAACAUUUUUAUCAUUCAAGUUUUUCCAUGUGCCCCAUAUUAAAGAUGGUAGUAUAGUUUUUAUUCCAUAAAGCAUAAUAUGUUGUAUGUAUGUAAAGGGAUUUCUGGUAUUUGAAAGCCUUACUGCGAAAACGAAAACUUUGAAUAAAUGAGGUCGUGAAGGAAGAUCCACUUUUUAAUGAAAUUCUUGUGAAGUGAGCACGAUCUUUGACAAGAAUGUCUUGUUAAAAGGGUUAAAACUAUGAUCUUGUUGUAAAUAAAUACAUGAAUAACAGUAUAUGAUAUUCACGCAGGCAAUAUAAUAACAACAUCUAUAAUAACAGUUGACCCUUUCAGCUGCCAUAUUAUUCAUUAUUACAAUCCAUAUUUCAUAGAGGUUGGUACAUGUAUGUAUGUAGGAAAGAAUGUGAAGUUAUUUGUAAAACAGGAAUAUUAGUGUCUAUACUGCAAAUUUAGAUAAUGACUUUACUAUUCUUAAAAUGGACAUGUUUGUGCUUUAUUCAUAAUUCAAAUGUAUUAGAAACAACACAUGUACAAUGACAUAUUAAAGUUUUGUGAUGAAGAAUGAAUUAAUAUUAAAUAUUUUCUUGUAAAUAUUGAUUAAUAAUGAAAUAUGGUAAAUACUUAUUUCACAUUCAAAUUACAUGUAAAGUAUCAUUGUUUUAUGUGAAACCAUGAAAAAUACAUAAGCUAACAUCUCUAUAUUAACUGUACACAUAUAUUGCAUGUAUUGUAAUAAACACUGUUAAAUGUAGCCUAUAUUUAAACUACUCAAAUAGUGAUAUUGGGUUGGCUAGAAUGGAUAAGGAUAUCCUGUCUUGUGCAAAAUACCUGCCACUACUUCGAACAAAAUAAGAUAAAACAAUGCCAGAAGUAUAACAUAUUGUUUUAAAACAUAUGUUAUCAUAAUUAUAUUUAUAAUAAGUUGUUAUUUUGUAUAUUUUGUUAUGAUAUUGAUCAAAAGUAUUAAAGAUAUAUUAUUUUAAA